GCGCCAAGGGGCCGGGGGGAAGCCGUAAGGCGUUGAGGGAGCCUCCAGGCGGUGCUACCCCCAACCUCUCACCUCCCCGCGCCCCGCCCCGAUGUCGGGGCUCUGGAAGAUGCAGCCCGAUAUUGUUUUUUACAAUUUGGAUAUUGCUUAGAGCAUUAUUUUCAAGCUAUGGGUUAUAACCCAUUAGUGAGCUGCGAAAUCAAUUUAAUGUGCUCUGACCAGCACUUCUGAAAAUGAAAUAAAAUACGGUAGAUAUAAUAGGAACUGAGAAAGUGCAUCAUAUGCAGUAAGGUCUCCCAUCAGGUCUUAUUGUUUAAAAAAUGCAUUUCAUAAGGCUCCAACUGCCAUAGAUAGUGAUUCCUGUGAUGGAUCUGGGCAAAGUAAAUUGAUAAUCUUCUGGGAAGGAUUUACCAUUCUCAAUGCCAUUAAGAACAUUCUUGAUUCAUGGAAAGAGGUCAGAAUAUCAACAUGACUUUGAAAGGUUCCAGAUUUCAGUGGAGGAAGUAACUGCAGACGUGGAGCCUAAAGAUGUGUCUGAAUUGCUGCAAUCUCAUGAUAAAACUUUAACGGGAAAAACAUUAACUUUGGGACUACAUCUGGAAUAGCAUCAUCUACAUGGGCAUUCCCUCCUGCAGUUUCAGAAAACCUUUGGUAAUUAAUUGAUAAAAUGCAGACAAUCUUGCAAACAGAUGAAGUUACCAAUACCCAAGCUCUUAGAAAAGGAAAGAGGAAAAGAACAGAGACAGUGGACUCAGAGAAUGCAAAUAGUGACAUGGACAAAGGACAGAGAGACCCAUAUUCGGGAAAUGCCUUUCUGCCCGGUGAGAGCUCCAGUGAAGAUGAAGAGCCUUUAGAAGAAUUGUCAAAGGAGGAACUGUGCAUGAAAAUAAAAAGCCUGAAACAAAAACUGACCAACACCCGCAAGGAAAAUAGUCGACUUCGACAGUCUUUGGUCAUGCUUCAAGUGUUACCACAAGCAGUUACCCAGUUUGAAGAAUUGGUUGGUAUGGCGGAGGCUGUGCUUAAGGGUAGAGGAACCAUGUUUACAUCUGCAUCCACCCUCUGGAGAGCAACAAACAACAACUCACCAGAUUCAUUUGCCUCCAUGUGCAGUAAUUCUAACUCUAAUUCUAAUUCCAGUUCACCAAUUUCCUUGAGAGCUGAAGAAGAGCAUCACAGUGAGGAGAAGCAGUUCAAGAUUGAAAAAUGGCAGAUUGCCCGUUGUAACAAGAGCAAGCCUCAGAAGUUUAUUAAUGAUUUAAUGCAAGUACUUUACACAAAUGAAUACAUGGCCACACACAGCCUGACUGGUGCAAAAUCCUCUACUUCAAGGGAGAAAGCUGUAAAGCCAGCUAUGAAUCAGAACGAAGUUCAAGAAAUCAUAGGAGUCACAAAACAGUUAUUUCCCAACACUGACGAUGUCUCGGUCAGAAGGAUGAUAGGGCAAAAGCUGAACAACUGUACCAAGAAGCCAAACUUAGGCAAAAAUAUGAACUCUCAGGAUAUUAAGUAGAUCUUUUCGGUACUAUAAGUAUCCAAAAUAAAGCACCUCCAGUUUUAAAUCUAACGUUGGAUUUUGUUGGAGAAUCUGCAACCUCCCUGGCAGUGAACAGAGAGAGACAUGUGCAGGGACAGGCUGUGAGACAUCUGUAACAUCGAUGGACUCUCCUGAUGGAGCAACAAGCUGCAUGUAGAUUCUACCCUAAAUAUCCACGGUGCAUCAAAUUAGAGAAUUUCUAGCAGUCAAAUAAGCAUGCAUUCUGGUUUCUUGCAUUUUUCUGUCCCAAAAUGCUUCUCUGUAUAGCUAAGUUAACAGGAUAGUCAGAGUUCUUAUCAUAACAAAAACAUCAACCCUUGAUGUUUGAUUAAGACAAUGACAAUAUUAAGAUUUAUCACUGUCCUAAUCAAUUGUGGUACUUUUUUAAAAUUACCUGUCACUCUCCAUUUUAAUUUUUUGAUCUUUAGCAUGAGCACAUGUGUGGAAAGUACUGUGAAGUAAUCAGUGUUCACAAGUAAGAGAGCAGCAAAGUCAGCCUAAAAUCUGAUAAUCCUAUCUAACCAAGUAAUAGUGUUUUAGCAAUAAAAUUACAGGAUAAUUCUGUUACUUAAAAUGUAUGAAAUAGAAAUAAAAAAAUGAGAGCAGCAACACCUUCUAUUUCAAUAGGAAACUAUUUCAUUGUACUCCCCAAAAAGAAAUAAAUACAAAUUUUUGUGAUUGUUAAAACAAUGCAUCAACUUUCAGUAAAAUUUUUUUUGUUUAAAUGCUUCUAACUUUUUAUUGCCCAAAGUAUAAAUACAGAUAUACAAUAUAAAACAUCAAUAUCACCUAAAACAUCCACAUAAGAUAUAAUAUCCUUAUGUAUUUGGUUAUAUUACUACACUGUUUAGUUUUAACUGGUUUGUUUUCAUAGCAUCAGAAGAAAAAAAUAAUUAAACAAAAUCAUAUAGGGUUGAUAAUCACACAAAAAGAAAAAUGCCAUUUUGUAAGCGAGUGAAAGGUAAAACAUUCUUCAUCAAGAGGUUUCUCCUUUGAUGUCAGGUUGUCACAGGUGACGACUGCACCGCCGCUCCAUGCUUCUCCAGUGCACAAGGUUAUGCAUAAACUUGUGAAAAAGGGUGCCUAUAAUAGAAAGCUCAGUACUGUGGGCCCAGGGAACAUUCCAUAAAUGUUGCUUGAUAACAAUGUAGUUGUACAAAAUGAAUAUUCUUAAGGAAAUAACUUAUGUUAACAUUUGCUACUUUUACUUAAAUAUAAAUAAAUCCCAUUGAAAACAUGAAAAGUAUUUGCUUGUUUCUCAUUAAAGGAUAAAAUCCGGGGGGAGGGGGGAUCCCUUUCUAGACCUCUGGCUUCUUUACCCACACCUUGAGGCAUUACCAUUACAGUUGGGCUGUGUGGUUCUGCUGGUUUGGCC